AUGCGCGGUUCUUUGUCUGCCAUCCUGGCCUCGGGCCUGCUAUUGUUUGCGAGACCCGGGCCAGUUGUCGCCACCCCUCCUGGACCGGUGAAGACCGACCGGUGUGUUCAACCAGUCGUGCGCCGGGAAUGGCGCGAUCUGUCCCAAAACGAAAAGCUUCACUAUGUUGAGGCUGUCAAGUGCUUAAUGUCUACUCCCAGCAAGAGCAAUGACCUUUACCCGGCAGCCAAGUCCCGGUUUGAUGACUUUCAGGGCAUGCAUAUUAAGGUUGGACAUGCGAUGCAUUUCAAUGGCCAAUUCCUGGCAUGGCAUCGGUGGAUGAUGUACCUGUACGAGACAGAACUCAAGUCUCUAUGUGGUUUCAAAGGAACCCUGCCAUACUGGGGGAUUGAGCAUGACAACACCAUGGAGAAGUUUGCCAAGUCUCCCAUCUUUGAUGAUGUCUAUGGUUUGGGAGGCAACGGUGCUUUCAUCGAGGAUGUGAGCUCGCCCAUUGAGUUCCCCAUCAAGACCCCGACGGAAAUCCCAGGCCGCACUGGAGGAGGUUGCGUCACCACGGGCCCCUUUGCCAACCUCACCGUUCCCAUGGGUCUAGGCGACUCCCUGGAGCCCCAGCCCCACUGCCUUCGCCGUGAUUUGAGCCCGACUCUUGCAUCGACUUCUAUGAGUGACGAGGUGAUCAGCAAGACCUUGGCGAACACCAACUUUUGGGACUUUAACCGCUGGAUCCAGGGUUUUAGCUUCAGCGUUGAGGACAUGACAAUCCAUGGUGGUAUGCACCUGAGCAUUGGAGGCCAGGUUGGCGAGGCCGCUGAUACCUUCUCGUCGCCUGGUGACCCUCUCUUCUACUUCAUCCACGCCGGCCUUGAUAGGAUUUGGGACGUGUGGCAGCGCAUGGACUGGCCCAAGCGCAAGAGCGACGUUUCCGGACCCGACACCAUGUUCGCCUACCCCUUCAACUUCUUUGGCGACGUCGAGUACCAGAACAUCACGAUCAAUCAUGUUCUCGAGUACCCUGGCUUCAGCGAGCCGCUCACUAUUCGUGACGUGAUGGAUACUGCUGGAGGCAGACUCUGCUACAAGUAUGAAUGA